AUGCUAAAGAAUUUAUGUUUAUUGUUUGGACAGGGAAACUUUUCAGGUGGGAGAGAGAUUGCGGUAAAGAGGCUAUCAGGCAAAUCUAAGCAAGGACUAGAGGAAUUCAAGAACGAGAUCUUACUGAUCGCAAAACUCCAACAUCGGAAUCUUGUUAGAUUACUAGAUGAGAGUAAACGAGGAAUAUUGGACUGGAGAAAACGAUGGGAGAUCAUUGGAGGAAACCCGAGGGGAUUGGGAGGAAACCCGAGGGGAUUGCUUUGCUUGCAUAGAGACUCAAGACUAAAGAUCAUUCACCGUGACCUAAAAGCUAGCAAUAUCUUGCUGGACACGGAAAUGAACCCAAAGAUUUCAGAUUUCGGUAUGGCUAGGAUCUUCAACUACCGACAAGACCAGGCCAAUACUAUCCGAGUCGUCGGCAUAUAUGGAUAUAUGGCUCCGGAGUAUGCAAUGGAAGGGAUAUUCUCAGAGAAAUCUGAUGUGUAUAGCUUUGGAGUUUUGUUACUAGAGAUUGUAAGUGGAAGUCUCAUCGGUUAUGCGUGGAAUUUAUGGAGUCAAGGAAAGAUGAAAGAGCUAAUAGAUCCAACAGUGAAAGACGAUGGAGACGUAAAUGAGGCAAUGAGAUGUAUCCACGUGGGGAUGUUGUGUACACAAGACUCGGUUUAUUACAGACCAAACAUGGGUUCGGUUUUGUUGAUGUUGGAGAGUCGAACCGGUCAUCUUCAGCGUCCGAGACAGCCUACCUUCCACUCGUUGUUGAGCUCCGUCGAGAUUUUGGAUGGUCAAGUUAUUGCCUCGGUCAACGAUGUUACUUUGACCACGAUUAUUGAUGAAAUGUUUGGGGAGAACAUCUUUGAAAUGAGAGUUGUUGCCUCUACUUUACUUGAGGAAAUGAGAUCUUCUGCACUAUCUAGGGAUUACUAUGAGGCUUUUUUGCGUGGAGAGCUAAAUCCUGAUGAGGUGCCGCUGAUGCCACCUGGCCAAUUGGAGAUCCAGCAGCUUUUGGUAAUUGAGGAGAGGAGGGACGAGGAAAGAAAAGCUGAUGCGAUGAGAGAGGCAGCAAAGAAUCUAGCGAGGAAUGCAGCGCAAAAUGAACAGGCGUUGAAGGAACGUGCAGAAAGGCUCCGCAAGGGUAGGAGGAUCUCAGCUUUUGCCUAA